AUGAUUAAUCCUAAUCGAGAAAAUUGUUCUACUCCAAUUUUAUAUUUUCGACUUAUACAUAUUAACGAAACAUUAACAUCAAUUAAUGUCUCAGCUACACAAAUACCUGCAUUUAAUUUUUGUGAAUCGAUAAUUAAAGGAAUUGUUUAUUAUUACAUUAAUGUUUAUCCUUUAUUAGAAAAUUAUAUUUUUGCAACUUAUGUAAAUUCAAGUAAUCCUAUUGAUGCAAGUAUAUACGGACUUUUAUUUGAUUGGAAUAGUAACUUUAUUAGCAAUACGUACUUAAGUGCCGCUUCUGUGAAUAAGAAAGGAAUUGUACAACCGCCUGGGAAAAUUUAUUUUUCAAAGAAAUCAAGAAAUGUCGGCUUUUUAUAUGUUGAUAUCAUGAAAAACACUGGAUCCGUUAUCUGGAAUUACUUUACUAACCCUCUAACCAUGUCUAAUAUCAAUUCGGGAAUAAUUAUGUAUAAAGACAGUUUAAAUACGUUAACUUCCGGAUUUCUUAAUGCAGAAGGAAAUUAUUGUUUGGUCAUAGCAAGAUUUUCAAGUAAAAAGCAAGAACCGUUACGCGUAGAAACAAUUUUGAUUCCUACUCAAAGUAAUCGAACAUCAUCAUCUAAUUUGAUAUAUUCAAGAAAAUUAAAAUCUUUUUCGAAUAUUAUCACUUUAAAUUGUAAUAUUGAUUAUAAGGGAAGUGGAAAUAUUUGUCAAUUUUAUUUUUCUGGUGGAAUAACUCACGAAUCUCUUGAAAUUAGAAAUUUAACAAACGUUGAAACUAAACCAGCGAACUAUGUUCAUAAUUCAAAUGAUAUAAAAAUAUAUCCGUUGCUUUUUGGGGGUUAUCUUUUAACAGCCAGAGAUCGAAAUAGAAAAUUAAUUUAUGGUUAUAUUCUUAAUUCUACAGAAGAUUUUCAAGAUUAUUGGCCUUUACCGCAGCCUUUUUUUUUAAAUUCCAAAGGACCAUCUUAUAUUCUUCCGGAUAAAAAAAUUAUUGGUGCGGCGCAAAUAAACGCGACCAAUUGGUUUUUAAAUACAACAGAACUUCCUAAAAUCCCUAUAGCAAAUGAUAAAGGAUAUUAUAAUCCACAAUUAAAUCUAACACUACCAGUAAUAAACGGAACAAUACCAAUAAGAACUUCUCAGAUUCUUAUACAAUAUAAAGAUCCAGUUCAACUUUCUUCUGGGAAUGUUAGCGUUUUUAUUCAUUCGAAUUCUAUAUCAACGGACCCAAUAUAUUUACGACAAGUAUAUUCUGGACAAUCAGGACAUUGUAUUUUAAGUGAAAAUCGUAAGACAAUAACGAUAAAAAUUUUUACAAGCACAUUUAAUCAACCAUUAACAGAUUAUUUUGUAAUAAUUGAUGACAAUUUUGUAAAAAUAAAUGAAAAUGGUGAAGCUGUAAAAGGAAUUGAAGCAAAUGUUUGGGUCUUUAAGACUGAACAAACCGUACCAAAUAUUUUUGUCGAAUCUUCCGUUGCCUUAUUUCGAUUAACAGCCGCUGGAUCAAUACUUUACGAAUCUCUAAACGCAACAGAAAAAAUAGAAUUUGUUAAUGAACUUGGGAAUGAAUUAGCAACAAUUUUACCUGUUACUCCAUCACGAUUAGUUCCUAGGUAUCAAUAUCAACGUGAUCCAACUACCGAAGAAAUACAAGUCAUUUUACCUUUAGAAAUAAUUUCAUCAACAAAUAUUUCGGAAAUGAAUGUAAUUAAUAUUAUUGAAGAUUUGAAUUCUUUUAUAAUACAUCGUGAUAUGGGUCCAUUGGCAUAUAUGAAAUAUACUUAUCUGAUGGAUAGUAAUUAUGGACUUGUUAAACCUGAAAACUUUUGGGAUAAAUAUUUAUUUAUCAUUAUUUUAUUCAUUGUGGGGAUUUUAUUAUUUACUUUAUUGUGUUUUAUCGAACAACGUAGGAAUCCAAAGGCUGAAACGUCAUCCGUAUUCAAAUUUUCUAUGGGAUUCGUAAGUUAUUUAUUAUUCGUUAUUUUUACAUUACGAUAUUCAAAAGCGGUGGCAGGACUUUACGAAACAAGCUUAACAAUUGUUAUAUUAUCAACAUCGUUAAAAGAAACGGUAUCAUUAUUUUUAAUAAUUAGAGAAAUUAUUACUUCAGAAAAAUUUAGAGGAUGGCUUAAAAAACAUUUUUCGAUCACUAUGUUAUUCAUGUUAUUAUCAGCAGUUGAUGUUUAUUCGUUGAUGAUAUUAACUUCAAAAAUUGGAAGUAAACCAAGUUUAAGCGCACCUUUUGCUAAACGUACGCGUACGUGGAUAUUUUGGGUUGGUUUAUUUGCUCUAAUUAAAAAAGAAAUUCCUCAAUUUAUUAUUGUUUUAAUUUAUCAACAAAAGACAUUAAAACUUGAUCUAGUUCCAUUUCUUACUCUAUUAAUAACAUCUAUUGUGCUUGUAUUUAAUACAGUAUGGAGAUUAAAUCAACUUUUUAAUUUCUUUUUUCAAUCAACACCACGUACUAGAAGAGCAUCAAAUAUUCAUAAAAGUGGGAAUACAGGAAAUACUGGAUAUGAAACUGAUAGAGAAGAUAAUAAUGCUGAUUUAGGUAAUAAUGGAUUAAGUGUACCCUCUAGUGAAGUGAUAUUUGAAAGUGAUGAAUUUGAUGAAUUUGAUGAUGAAUCAAGUCCAGCAGAAAAAGGAGAAAAAGAAAAGGACAAGAAAAAAGUUGGAUCAAGUACUGAAAGUGAUGAGGAAAAAUCAUUUAUUGAAGAGGAAAUAGAAAAAAUUGGUUAA